AGAGCGCACAAAAAUAGUAGGAUAUUAGUCUUGCUUGCUUUGGCGUAUUGUGCAGUUCUCUGCUCAGCGAACGCACUUCGACUUUGAAAUAAAAACAAUCCGUUUUGCAUGCAUGUGAGGCUGUCAGCAUAUUGGUGCAAAUACCGCCGUGAAUCUCGGACCCUUGUCAUGCAUUCUAAUUCCAAUCAUUUGCGCCCACAGUUAGUCCGUGGACAUACGAAGAUUUCAUCUUUACAAGGGAUUAUUCUUUUCCUUUUUGUUGCAACUUGAGUACUGACCCUCCACUCUGAAUGGGGAUCAGUCCGACCGGAAUGAUGUACUGGGGCAGCGGGUCGUGGACGCCAGUGUUGUUGUUUGGCGCCGUGCUCCUGGUUCUUACUGCUGGGAAUAACAUUAACCAGGACGGGAGACAGGCCGUCUCCCCCUCAUGCACCGGAGAGUUUGACCUUUACUUUGUUUUGGACAAAUCUGGGAGCGUACAGAAUCACUGGACUGAGAUAUAUCACUUUGUAGAGCAUCUCGCUCACAAGUUCAUCAGCCCACAGUUGCGGAUGUCUUUCAUUGUGUUCUCCACUGAGGGGAGGACCCUCAUGAAACUCACAGAGGACAGGGAGCGGAUCCGCAUGGGACUGGAGGAGCUCCAGCGGGUCCUUCCUGGGGGAGACACCUUCAUGCACGAGGGCAUCCAGAGGGCUAGUGAGCAGAUCUACUAUGGCAACGCAGAAGGUUACCGCUCUGCCAGCGUGAUCAUCGCCCUCACAGAUGGAGAGCUGCACGAGGACCUGUUCUUCUACGCAGAGAGAGAGGCUAACCGGUCCCGCAGCCUGGGCGCCUCCGUCUACUGCGUGGGGGUCAAGGACUUCAACGAGACCCAGCUGGCAAACAUCGCUGAUAGCAAAGACCACGUGUUCCCCGUCAACGACGGCUUUGAGGCCCUGCAGGAUGUCAUCGACUCGAUUCUGAAAAAGUCCUGCAUUGAGAUCCUGGCUGCAGAACCUUCUAGUAUCUGUGCUGGAGAGUCUUUCCAAGUGGUGGUCCGAGGAAACGGGUUCCUCCACGCCCGGAACGUGGACCAGGUUCUGUGUAGCUACCGGAUCAACGACACCCUGACUAAGAUGGAGAAGCCUUUGAUUGUGGAAGACACAUAUCUUCUAUGCCCUGCCCCAGUCCUCCAAGAAGAAGGAAUGGCGGCCAACCUCUACGUCAGCAUGAACGAGGGCCUCAGCUUCAUCUCCAGCUCCGUCACCAUCACCACCGUGGGCUGUUCAGAUGGGACCAUCCUGGCCAUUGCUCUGCUCAUCAUGAUGCUGCUGCUAGUGCUGAUUCUGCUGUGGUGGUUCUGGCCUCUCUGCUGCACCGUGAUCAUCCACGAGCCCCCCCCACCCGUCUCAGACGAGAGCUCGGACGAUGAGGACUUUGACGCGCCCAAGAAGAAGUGGCCCACCGUGGACGCCUCGUACUACGGGGGCAGGGGGGUUGGUGGGAUCAAAAGAAUGGAGGUCCGCUGGGGGGAGAAGGGCUCCACUGAGGAGGGGGCAAAGCUUGAAAAGGCCAAAAAUGCCAAAGUGAAGAUGCCUGCGCAGGAGUACGCCCCUCCUCCCACUCGGGUUCUGAACAAUGGCAUGCGGAAACCCUCCGGCCCACGCAAGUGGUACUCCCCCAUCAAGGGCAAAUUGGACUCGCUAUGGGUGUUGUUAAGAAGAGGAUAUGACCGCGUGUCUGUGAUGAGACCACACCCAGGGGACAAGGGCCGCUGCAUCAACUUCAGCCGGAUCAAGUCCAACCCCCUGCCCCGCUACCCGCAGUACACCAACAACCCCUCUCCCUCCUAUAGCCCCCCCUCAGACUGCAGCCCGCCCGCCCCCCAGGGCACUCUCCCCCCCACCCCCACGCUGCCCUCACCCUCCUGCUCCCCCUCGUUCUCCUUCUCUCCCUUGCCCCCCAUGCCGCCGCCAAGCUCCUCCCCCCCACCUACCCCCACCACCCCGACCCCCCCAAGCUCCGCCCCCCCACCUCCCCCCACCAUCCCUCCCCCUAACCUCGCCCUUCCUCCCCUGGCUCUGAAAAUUCCAGCGCCCCCGUCGGCCCCCCCUAGCCCAACCCCGCCCGCCUCCCCGACCGGCGCCCUGCCCCCCAUGCCCCAGGGACCUCCACCUGUAAGAGCGCCGCCCCCGGCCCGCCCACCGCCCCGCCCCACCCUGUAG